UUCAUCGAUCGUGCUAUAUACGUUGCAGAGACCCAACUUUCUCUCUCCUAUAGCUAGCAAUUCUCAGCGGCUUCUUCUACGAUUUGCUGAUCGGGAAAGAAAUCAACUCAGCUUUGCAAAUGACUCUAAUGACUCCUCCCCCUCUAGAUCAAGAAGAUGAUGAGAUGCUUGUGCCACACUCGGAUUUAGUUGUGGAGGGUCCUCAACCCAUGGAAGUUGUUCCAGCAGAAACAGGUAAUGCAGCUGAGGUUCAAUCAGAUGAAACCCCAUCUGCACGGUUCACUUGGACAAUUGAUAACUUCACUAGGGUGAACACCAAGAAGCUGUAUUCAGAGAUUUUCUAUGUUGGAGGAUACAAGUGGCGGGCACUUAUAUUUCCAAAGGGGAACAAUGUGGACCAUUUGUCGAUGUACCUAGAUGUUGCAGAUUCUUCUACCUUGCCAUACGGAUGGAGCAGACAUGCUCAGUUCAAUUUGGCUGUGAUAAACCAAGUUCACAAUAAAUUCACAAUAAGAAAAGAUACACAACAUCAAUUCAAUGCAAGAGAAAGUGACUGGGGUUUUACUUCUUUCAUGCCACUUAGUGAAUUAUACGACCCAAGUAGAGGUUUUCUUGUGAAUGAUACUGUCAUCAUUGAAGCUGAUGUUGCUGUGAGAAGGGUUGUUGAUUACUUUUCACAUGACUCAAAAAAGGAGACAGGUUAUGUUGGACUAAAAAACCAGGGGGCUACUUGUUACAUGAAUUCUCUUCUUCAGACAUUGUACCAUAUUCCAUAUUUCAGAAAAGCUGUGUACCAUAUGCCGACAACUGAGAAUGAUAUGCCAUCAGGGAGCAUCCCCCUAGCCCUGCAGAGCUUAUUCUAUAAACUUCAGUACAGUGACUGUAGUGUAGCUACCAAAGAGUUAACUAAGUCAUUUGGGUGGGAUACAUAUGAUUCUUUCAUGCAGCAUGAUGUACAAGAGUUGAAUAGAGUACUGUGUGAGAAACUUGAGGAUAAAAUGAAGGGUACUGUUGUUGAAGGCACGAUUCAACAACUUUUUGAAGGGCACCACAUGAACUAUAUAGAGUGCAUAAAUGUGGAUUACAAGUCCACGAGAAAGGAAUCCUUCUAUGAUCUACAACUUGAUGUUAAAGGAUGUAAAGAUGUUUAUUCUUCCUUUGACAAGUAUGUGGAAGUUGAACGCCUUGAAGGUGACAACAAAUACCAUGCAGAACAAUACGGUUUACAGGAUGCAAAGAAAGGUGUUUUGUUCCUUGACUUUCCUCCUGUUCUCCAACUUCAGUUAAAGCGUUUUGAAUAUGAUUUUAUGAGGGAUACAAUGGUUAAGAUCAAUGAUCGAUAUGAGUUCCCAUUACAACUUGAUCUUGAUAGAGAUAAUGGGAAGUAUUUAUCGCCUGAAGCAGAUAAGAGUGUACGUAACCUUUAUACCCUACACAGUGUUUUGGUUCACAGUGGUGGGGUGCAUGGUGGACAUUACUAUGCUUAUAUAAGACCAACUCUUUCAGAUCAAUGGUACAAAUUUGAUGAUGAACGUGUGACAAAAGAAGAUACAAGAAAGGCAUUGGAAGAACAGUUUGGUGGCGAGGAGGAGUUGCCGCAGACAAAUCCUGGAUUCAACAACUCACCAUUCAAGUUCACAAAAUAUUCAAAUGCUUAUAUGCUCGUGUAUAUACGUGAAAGUGACAAAGACAAAAUUUUAUGUAAUAUUGAGGAAAAGGAUAUAGCGGAGCACCUUAGGGUUAGGCUGAAGAAAGAACAAGAAGAGAAGGAACAAAAGAGAAAAGAAAAAUCGGAGGCUCAUCUUUAUACAGUAAUAAAGGUUGCUCGAGACGAGGAUAUUCGGAUGCAGAUUGGUAGGGACAUAUUUUUUGAUCUCGUUGAUCAUGACAAAGUUCGCCAUUUUCGCAUCCAGAAACAAAUGCCUUUUAGUAUGUUCAAGGAUGAAGUUGCCAAGGAGUUUGGUAUCCCUGUCCAAUUUCAACGUUUUUGGUUGUGGGCAAAGCGACAAAACCAUACGUAUCGCCCCAAUCGUCCAUUGACACCUCAGGAGGAAGCUCAAUCUGUUGGCCAAGUAAGAGAGGUAUCUAAUAAAGCAAACAAUGCAGAGCUAAAGCUGUUUCUAGAUGUAGAACUUGGACAGGGAGUGCAGCCAAUUCCCCCUUCUCCAAAGACUAAAGAGGAGAUUCUUCUAUUUUUCAAGCUAUAUGAUUCAUUUAAAGAGGAGCUGCGAUAUGUAGGACGUCACUUUGUGAAGGCCAGUGAAAAGCCAGCUGACAUUUUGACAAAGCUGAAUGAAUUAGCUGGAUAUGCACCUGAUGAAGAAAUUGAACUCUUUGAGGAAAUAAAGUUUGAACCUAAUGUGAUGUGCGAACACAUAGACAGGAAGCUUACUUUUCGCAGUAGUCAGCUUGAAGAUGGUGACAUCAUUUGCUUCCAGAAACCUCAUGUUGAAAGUAGUCAGCCGUGCCGCUAUCCUGAUGUUCCUUCAUUCUUGGAAUAUGUUCAUAAUCGUCAAGUUGUCCGUUUCCGAUCUUUGGAGAAACCUAAAGAGGAUGAAUUUUGUCUUGAGUUGUCAAAGCUUCAUACUUAUGAUGAUGUUGUUGAAAGAGUGGCCCAUCAUUUGGGUGUGAAUGAACAAUCAAAAAUAAGGCUUACAUCACAUAAUUGCUACUCACAGCAACCUAAACCUCAGCCAACCAAGUAUAGAGGAGUGGAUCAUCUAGUAGACAUGCUAGUCCAUUACAAUCAGACUUCAGAUAUUCUCUACUAUGAGGUGUUGGAUAUUCCACUACCAGAGCUUCAAGGUUUGAAAACACUAAAAGUUGCUUUCCAUCACGCAACCAAGGAUGAAGUAGCAGUUCAUAUUAUUAGAUUACCAAAACAAAGCACUGUUGGGGAUGUCAUUAAUGACCUUAGGACAAAGGUUGAGUUAUCUCAUCCAACUGCAGAAAUCAGAUUGCUUGAAGUGUUCUAUCACAAAAUCUACAAGGUCUUCCCUCUUAAUGAGAAAAUAGAGAACAUCAAUGAUCAAUACUGGACAUUACGGGCAGAAGAGAUACCGGAAGAGGAGAAAAAUAUUGGUCCUCAUGAUCGUUUGAUCCAUGUCUAUCAUUUCAUGAAAGAUACUGCUCAGAACCAGGCGCAGCAAGUCCAAAAUUUUGGAGAUCCAUUUUUUUUGGUUAUCCAUGAGGGUGAAACAUUGGCUGAAGUUAAAUUAAGAAUUCAAAAGAAAUUGCAGCUCCAAGAUGAGGAAUUCUCUAAGUGGAAGUUUGCAUUUUUAUCAUUGGGCCGCCCAGAAUACCUUCAAGAUUCCGACAUUGUUGGAAGUCGAUUUCAGAGAAAUGUUUAUGGUGCCUGGGAACAGUACCUUGGGUUAGAGCAUGCUGACAGUGCUCCUAAGAGAUCAUAUGCAGCUAAUCAGAACCGACAUACAUUUGAGAAACCUGUGAAAAUCUACAAUUAGAAGAUCCGUCCUAGAAGAAUCAUUUGUUUUGUCGGGGAUAUAAUUUUAUAUCGAUGGAGGAGCUUCUCUACUAUACAAGGCAACAACAGUAAAAGAGAAAUUGGCUCUUCCACACUCUCACAGACAUUGUUAUUUCCAGUAGUGUAAUUCUUGAUCAAAGGGAGUGGUGACUUGAAGUGUGUUAAGUUAAGUUAUUUGCCAAGGAAAAAUAGAUCUCGAUUUUCCAUUCCGAUCAUCGUGUGGCAAAUAUGAUCUGUAGCAUGAGCCAUUUUUUAUUUUAUUUUCAAGGAGUGAUGCUUCUUCUUCUCUUUCAACUUGAAAAAUUAAUUGCAUUUCAUGUAGUAUAUUAUAUUAUGUUAUAUAAAUGAGAUUUUGGUGAGAGUGGUGUAUAGAGGGUGUUGUAUAGGUUGUAUUUGUGGUUUUCCAGUAUUUGUUAUUUAUAUUAUUGUCUUUAUACA